AUGAAUGAAAUGAUAUGCCGUCUUUGUCUGGAGGAGGGCCAAGAUGGACUCUCCAUAUAUGAGCUGGCUAAGUUCAUUGAAGAGCAUCUCAACCUCAAGAUGGAAGAGAACGAUGAGGAUCUUGUUAACCAGAUGUUAUGCCAGAGAUGUUGGCAACAGAUUAAAGAUUUCCAGGAAUUUUGCCUUAUGGUAGACGAGAGGCAAAGAAACUUUGCAAUUAAAGUGGAACAUGAUGAGGAGCAGAUGGGCCCAGAACCUGCCGUCGUUGUGUGGAAUAUGGAAGAUGAAGUGGAACAGGAGGACUUUAAAUAUAUGUUAUGCGAGCCAGAAAAUGAUGCCCUUAACGAUGAUCCAGCAGCAGCAACAGUAGCAACAACUACUCCCGAAGAGCAGCCAGAUGAAUCUUUGGAUGUGAAGCCAAAACGGAGAAAAAGACGUAAUGAAGAAGCUAAAGAGCCAUCUUUACCGCAAAGACAAACCAGACAGCGAGGCCGAGAAGCAGCAGCAGCAGCGAAGAAACAAGCGACUCCUCCGAAUGCAGCGUCUGCUUCAAAAGGUAGAUUGGUUAAACGUUUGACCAUCAAAGAAAUCGGCAAAAAGUGUCAGAAGAACCGCGUAGUAGUGGCCAAAAAGGUAGUAACUCCUCCGAAUUCAGAGUCAGCAGACCCGGCAUCUAUUUCCGAAGAUCGUUUAGCCAAACGAUUAAAUAUCAAGGAAAUGGAUGAGUUUAUAGCCGCUAAUGUAAAUCUGGAUUGCUGUCUAUGUGGGGCAUCCUUAACUGAUUUCAUCGAUCUCAAGCGCCAUUUUCGAUCAGCGCAUCAGUGUACGGGUUAUGUAAAAUGUUGCAAUAAUCGGUAUAAGAAGCGAACCCUUUAUGUGGACCAUUUGCAUUAUCACAAGGACCCCCAAUAUUUUAGCUGCCAACCGUGUCAGAAAAGUUUUCUCAAUCGUAAUAGCCACGAUAUGCAUAUGUUAAGGUUUCAUUCCAAACAGCAGGAGCUAGUGCAUCAAUGUGGCAUUUGUGAGGCAAAAUUUGCAAAGAAAUAUCUUUUAACAAUGCAUCUUAAGGGGCACAAGGGACUAGAACGCCCGGAGGAAUGCGAAACAUGCGGCAAGAGCUUCCGUACUAAAUUUGAACUCGCUGCCCAUGUGAAGCGGAUGCAUGAUUCCGAUUUUACUCCAGUUAUAUGUGACAUUUGCGGCACCCAUUUUCGUUGCAAGGCUAAUUUUCUUAUUCACAAAAAAUCUCUGCAUCCAGAAGGACCUGUCGAUGAAGUGCAAUGCAAAUUGUGCGGUCGUUGGUUAAGAGACGAACGAAGUAUGCGAAAACAUCUAGCCCGUCACGAUGAUCGAGAUGGAGAUACCAAAUAUCGUUGUUCCCUGUGCCAGGUGGAGAAAUCAUCGCGUGUGGCGCUAAGCAGUCACAUGAGAUAUCAUCAUUCAGAGAAGAAGCACAAAUGCAAUUUGUGUGGAAAGGAAUUUAAGCUACCUAGAGCAUUGGCGGAGCACAUGGCCACCCAUACGGGCAUCGAUUUGUAUUCGUGUGCCUUCUGCCCGAGGACCUUUAAAUCGCAUGCCAAUAUGCACAAUCACAAAAAGAAAAUGCAUCCAAAUGAAUGGGUGAGAAAGUAUUCACAACCUAGCAACAAAUCCAGCCUAAAUGCGAAUUUAGACCUAGCAGCAACUGAUGGAGUGGAAAUACCAACUUCAGAUACCAUGCAAGAAACAGUCCUCUACGACACUUGUCCUCCUCCCAUAACACCGGCUAAUUGAAAUGCAUUUUUUUUUCAAUAGUGUCAUUAAGCUA